GCGUUUUUUGAGUUUGGAUUCGUUUCAGUGUUGUUUAUUCUUCCAAUAAGAUGUCACAAGACGAUGAGAUUGUGAUGCGUGAUGUGACGAACGCGGGACUUUGUAUUGGUGACCGCAUUGGCCGAGAAGCCGCAUCGCAGCUCGAUUUAGAAGAAGCUCUUGAAGCUUCUAGAUACGCUAGUCACCCAUAUUCGACUCAUCCCAGAGAGUGGCCGCCGUUGAUUGAGGUUGGUGAGACUUGGGAAUUGCCUUCUGUACUUAUUGAGAGGUAUAAUACAGCCGGCGGGGAAGGGACAGCACUAUGUGGAAUUUUUCCAGAGAUUCGACGGGCUUGGGCAUCUGUCGACAAUUCUUUGUUUCUGUGGCGUUUUGACAAAAGGGAUGGGCAGUGUCCUGAGUAUAGUGGGGAGGAACAGGCAAUUUGUGCGGUUGGUCUAGCGAAAUGUAGACCUGGAGUUUUUGUUGAAGCUAUUCAAUAUCUUUUGGUGCUGGCAACUCCUGUUGAGUUGGUUCUUGUUGGAGUGUGCUGCACUGAAGGACCGGAUGGUAGAGAUCCUUAUGCUGAAAUUUCAGUACAGCCUCUGCCCGACUAUACAAUAUCAUCAGAUGGAGUGACAAUGACAUGCGUAACAUGUACCAAUAAAGGGCGUAUUUUCAUGGCUGGACGUGAUGGUCAUGUAUAUGAGCUGCUAUAUACAACUGGCUCAGGCUGGAAUAAACGUUGCCGUAAAGUUUGUCUUACUGCAGGCGUAGGUAGUAUGAUCUCGAGGUGGGUUGUGCCAAAUGUAUUCAAGUUUGGAGCUGUAGAUCCUGUUGUAGAGAUGGUUGUCGAUAAUGAAAGGCAGAUUUUAUAUGCCCGCACUGAAGAGAUGAAACUCCAAGCAUAUGUUUUUGGGCCAAAUGGGGAAGGUCCUCUUAAGAAGGUGGCAGAAGAAAGGAAUCUAUUAAAUCAGAAGGAUGUGAGCCAAGGAAAUCGUCAGUCAGCAGUGGCAGGUCGAUCUAACAAGCCAUCCAUAGUCAGCAUUUCACCAUUGUCCAUGCUGGAAUCAAAAUGGUUGCACCUUGUUGCAGCAUUAUCAGAUGGCAGGAGGAUGUAUCUUUCCACCUCCUCAAGUGGAAGUGGUAGUACGAUUAGCUUCAGUGGGUUCAACAACCACCGUCAGACUCCAAACUGUCUGAAAGUGGUUUCAACCAGGCCAUCUCCUCCACUGGGUGUUGGUGUUGGACUUGGUUUUGGGGCCGCAUCUAUAGCUGGUAGAACUCAGAACGAAGACCUCUCUAUGAAAAUUGAAACAGCAUACUAUUCUGUUGGAACUCUUGUCCUUUCAGAUUCAUCGCCACCUGCUAUGUCUUCUCUUCUUGUUGUUAGCAGAGAUUCAAGCGUGCACUCUCAGGUUGGCAGCAGUUCAGGGCCAAGUUCAAGGAGUUCUCGGGCUUUACGAGAAGUUGUGUCCUCCCUUCCUAUUGAAGGCCGUAUGCUUUUUGUAGCAGAUGUGCUCCCCUCUCCUGAUACUGCUGCUACUGUUCAAUCAUUAUAUUCAGAACUAGAAUACUGUGGAAUCGAAGUCUCAGGAGAGUCUUAUGAAAAGGCAUGUGGAAAACUCUGGGCCAGAGGUGAUCUUUCGACCCAGCAUAUUUUGCCAAGGAGAAAGAUUGUUGUUUUUACCACCAUGGGUAUGAUGGAACUUGUUUUUAAUAGGCCUGUUGAUAUCUUGAGAAGACUUCUGGAAUCCAAUUCUCCAAGGUCCCUUCUAGAAGAUUUUUUCACCCGCUUUGGAGCAGGCGAAGCAGCUGCCAUGUGCUUGAUGUUGGCUGCGCGGAUAAUAAAUUUUGAAGAUUUAAUUAGUAACAUUGUUGCCGAUAAAGCAGCUGAGGCUUUUGAGGAUCCGAGAAUUGUAGGAAUGCCACAAUUUGAUGGCAGUAGUGGAUUGUCAAAUACUAGAACAGCAACUGGAGGUUUCAGCAUGGGUCAAGUUGUUCAAGAAGCCGAGCCCAUUUUCUCAGGUGCUCACGAAGGGCUCUGCCUUUGUACAUCAAGAUUACUGUUUCCCCUAUGGGAACUUUCUGUGAUGUCUAAAAAAACCAGUUCUGACACCAUGUCUGAGGAAGGAGUGGUGAUUUGUCGUCUUUCUACCAGUGCUAUGCAUGUGCUGGAAAGCAAGAUUCGAUCGUUGGAGAAAUUCUUAAGAUCUAGAAGGAACCAAAGAAGGGGGCUUUAUGGAUGUGUUGCUGGGUUAGGAGAUGUGACUGGCUCUAUUUUGUAUGGUACUGGUUCAGAGUUGGGAGCUACUGAGAGGAAUAUGGUUAGGAACUUGUUUGGAGCAUAUUCCAACGGAGGCGAGUCAGCUAAUAAAAGACAGCGAUUGCCAUAUAGUCCUGCUGAAUUGGCUGCCACAGAGGUGAGGGCUAUGGAGUGUAUUAGGCAGUUGCUUCUCAGAUCUGCAGAAGCUCUUUUCCUACUCCAACUUCUUUCUCAACAUCAUGUUGCUAGAUUAGUUCAGGAGCUUGAUGCAAAUCUAAAGCAAGCUUUAGUUCAGUUGACAUUCCAUCAGCUAGUUUGUUCUGAAGAGGGUGAUCAAAUUGCAACAAGGCUCAUAGCUGCCGUGAUGGAGUAUUAUACUACCUCAGAUGGCAGGGGAACAGUUGACGAUAUUAGCGGGAGACUACGUGAAGGUUGCCCAAGUUACUUCAAGGAGUCUGAUUACAAAUUCUUCUUAGCUGUUGAACGCCUUGAGAGAGCUGCUUUAAUCUCAGAUGCUGAAGAGAAGCAGAAUGUUGCUAGAGAGGCUUUCAGUUUCUUGAGUAAGGUCCCUGGAUCUGCAGAUCUCCGAACUGUCUGCAAACGUUUUGAGGAUUUGAGGUUCUAUGAAGCUGUUGUCUGCUUGCCUUUGCAGAAGGCCCAAGCUCUUGAUCCUGCUGGCGAUGCUUUCAAUGACCAACUUGAUGCUUCCAUAAGAGAGCAUGCUCUUGCCCAGCGGAAACAAUGCUAUGAGAUUAUUGCCAAUGCCUUGCGGUCUCUAGCUAGUCCCAUGCUAGACGAGGCUUCACGUAGUCAAGAUAUAUGCCAGAUCGUUCAUCUUGGUGUGCAAUCAACUGACAGAGCGUUCCGGGAGUAUCUAUACAAGGCCAUGAUUGAACUGGGUCUUGAAAACGAGCUCCUGGAGUACGGAGGUCCGGAUUUGGUACCUUUUCUCCAGAAUGCUGGCAGUCAUUCUGCAUCACAGGUUGGUGCUGUAUCUACUGGAUCAUCUCCGCUGGGUCACUCAGGAACACAGAUUUCAUCAAAUCAAGCAAAAUAUUUUGAUCUUCUUGCAAAAUACUAUGUGUCAAAGAGACAGCAUGUGCUUGCUGCUCACGUGCUUCUAAGGCUUGCAGAGAGACGUGCUCCUAGUUCAGGGGACAAUCCUACCCUUGAUCAAAGGCGACAAUACCUAAGUCACGCAGUUUUACAGGCCAAGAAUGCGAGUAAUAGCGAUGGUUUAGUAGGUUCUGCUCAAGGUGUUUCUGACAGUGGAUUGCUUGAUCUGCUUGAAGGAAAACUUGCAGUUCUUCAGUUCCAAAUUAAGAUCAGGGACAAACUUGUAGCUAUAGCUUCCAAUUUCGAGUCCUCGGUUGCCAUGCAGGACUCUGACCAGAAUGGCGGGCCAGUACUUGAUAGUGAUUCUAGUGAUGAUUCCAGCUUAGCAAAUGCAGCAAAUGAAAUGGCCAUGGAGCUCUCCUCGGAACUUAAAAGCGUAACACAAUUGUAUAAUGAGUAUGCUGUCCCAUUUGAGCUCUGGGAGAUCUGUCUGGAAAUGCUCUACUUUGCCAACUAUUCUGGUGAUGCUGAUUCAAGUAUAAUAAGGGAAACAUGGGCUAGACUUAUUGACCAAGCUCUUUCACAAGGCGGGAUAGCUGAGGCCUGUGCAGUUCUUAAGAGAGUCGGAUCUCAUAUAUACCCUGGUGAUGGAGUUGUUUUACCGCUCGACGUUUUAUGCCUUCACCUCGAGAAAGCUGCACUUGAGAGAUCAGAGAGGAUUGAAAAUGUUGGGGAUGAAGUCAUAGCUAAAGCUCUUCUAGCCGCUUGCAAAGGCGCAGCUGAACCUGUGCUCAACGCUUAUGACCGUUUAUUAUCCAAUGCAGCCAUUGUGCCAUCCCCAAAUCUAAGAAUCCGCCUCCUUUGUUCAGUUUUAGUGGUGCUCCGUGAAUGGGCAAUGUCUGUAUUGUCAGACAGAAUGGGCUCGAGUCCAACCAGGUCUUCUCUAAUACUAGGCGGCUCGUUUGCGCUAGAGAACAAAGCUGCUCUUAACCAAGGGGUCCGUGAUAAGAUUGCAAACGCUGCAAACAGGUAUAUGACAGAGGUUAGGAGACUGGCUCUGCCACCGAACAAGACGGAGAAUGUAUACGCAGGAUUGAGAUCGGAAAAAAUGGAGGAAAGAGGAUUUAUGUCACCUUCAUUGGCCAUAUCGGCGUCGUAUCGAGAAGGAGGAAGCAAGGGCAUGUCACGACGGAGGUCAAUGAGACCAAGCUUUGACGCGGAUAACGAGUUCAUGAACCUUCUACAUGGCUCAGAUCCCGUGAGAAUUGAGUUAAAUCGGCUGGAGAAUGAAGUCAGAGAUAAGGAUAGGGAAUUAUCUGAAGGACAAGCUGAAAUCAAAGCUUUGAGGUUGUCUGAACGACAAAGAGAGAAGGCUGUCGAAGAGCUCACUGAAGAGUUGGGAAAGAUGGCGGAAAAACUCAAACUGAUUGAAAAUCUUCUUGAGAGUAAAAACCUUGAAAUCAAGAAGAUAAAUGAAGAAAAGAAGGCUUCCAUGGCAGCUCAGUUUGCAGCAGAAGCUUCUCUUCGUAGGGUUCAUGCUGCUCAAAAGGAUGAUGAUAUGCCUCCAAUUGAAGCUAUUCUUGCCCCUUUAGAAGCUGAACUGAAACUUGCGAGACUAGAAAUUGCUAAACUUCAAGACGACAAUAAAUCUUUGGACCGCCUAACCAAAUCAAAGGAAGCAGCUUUGCUUGACGCUGAAAGGACAGUUCAGUCUGCAUUGGCAAAGGCUUCAAUGGUUGAUGAUCUCCAGAAUAAGAACCAAGAAUUGAUGAAACAGAUUGAAAUUUGUCAGGAAGAAAAUAGAAUUAUAGACAAGAUGCACAGACAGAAGGUUGCAGAAGUUGAAAAGCUUAUGCAGAGUGUGCGAGAGUUAGAAGAAGCUGUUCUUGCUGGUGGUGCAGCCGCAAAUGCAGUGAGAGAUUACCAGAGGAAAUUUCAAGAAAUGAAUGAAGAGAGAAAAAUUCUUGAACGGGAAUUGGCCCGUGCAAAGGUAAAUGCAAACAGAGUUGCUACUGUUGUAGCAAACGAAUGGAAAGAUUCUAAUGACAAAGUGAUGCCUGUAAGGCAGUGGCUUGAAGAACGUCGAUUUCUGCAGGGAGAAAUGCAACAACUACGCGACAAACUUGCCAUAGCUGACCGAGCUGCAAAAUCUGAAGCUCAGCUGAAGGAGAAAUUUCUACUGCGGCUUAGAGUGUUAGAAGAGAGUUUAAAGGGGCCUGCAAGCAACAGCAGCAGAGGCACAUCCGUUGGUAGAAGUUCGAGCAACGGGCCUUCUCGAAGACAAUCCCUUGGUGGAGCUGAAACAAGUCCAAAAAUUACAUCAAAUGGCUCGUUGAUUAAGAGAACACCAAGUUCUCAGUUUAGAUCAUUGACUGCUAGUGCAAGCACUGUAUUGAAGCAUGCGAAAGGAACAUCAAGAUCAUUUGAUGGGGGGACCCGAUCAUUGGAUAGAAGCAAAGUGCUAAUAAAUGGACCGAGAUCAAAUUUUCCUUUGAAUCACCAGUCUUCUGAAGGAACUAGCAGAGGCGAGACGCCUAGCUCAAUAAAAGGGAAAGAAGAAUCAGAUGACAAGUCAACAAAUAAUGAUAGCGUCCCAGGUGUCUUGUACGAUUUGCUGCAGAAAGAGGUCAUAACAUUAAGAAAAGCUGCGCAUGAAAAAGAUCAGAGCCUGAGAGACAAGGACGAAGCUAUUGAGAUGUUGGCCAAGAAGGUUGAAACAUUGACAAAAGCGAUGGACGUUGAGGCAAAGAAGAUGCGAAGAGAAGUAGCUGUAAUGGGGAAAGAAGUUGCUGCAAUGCGUGUUGAUAAAGGACAACAAGAUAGUAAGACCAGACGUCUCUCGGUCUCAAAGGGAAACACUGCUCAACUGCUUUCUGGAAGAGUGUCUGGACGAAUUGGGAUGACGAGGAGCACACAAAGGGAUUCAAAAGCUGAAAGAGAUGUAAAGAACCAGAUUGAUUCGAUGUGUGCUUCUUCUCUAAGGCAUUCCAACAUUCAAGGAAACAUGGCGACGAUGAAAAGUUUGAUAGGUCUGAUCAACAAAAUCCAGAGGGCUUGUACUGUCCUCGGAGAUCAUGGCGGUGAAGGAAUGUCGCUUUGGGAAGCUCUCCCAACCGUCGCUGUUGUUGGUGGCCAGAGUUCUGGAAAAUCUUCAGUUCUAGAAAGUGUUGUGGGAAGAGAUUUUCUGCCUCGAGGAUCUGGUAUCGUUACUAGGAGGCCAUUGGUAUUGCAGCUUCAUAAGACUGAAGAAGGGACAACUGAGUACGCUGAGUUUCUUCAUGCUCCUAAAAAGAGAUUUGCUGAUUUUGCUGCUGUGCGCAAGGAAAUUGAGGAUGAAACUGAUCGUAUUACUGGGAAAUCAAAACAAAUCUCAAACAUUCCAAUUCAGCUGAGCAUAUAUUCUCCUAAUGUUGUUAAUCUGACGCUCAUAGAUCUUCCGGGUUUGACAAAGGUUGCUGUAGAGGGACAACCGGAUAGUAUUGUCCAAGACAUUGAAAAUAUGGUCCGCUCUUAUGUUGAAAAGCCAAAUUGCAUCAUAUUGGCUAUUUCUCCAGCAAAUCAAGAUAUUGCUACCUCGGACGCUAUAAAACUUGCUAGAGAAGUUGAUCCUACAGGCGAAAGGACUUUUGGAGUUGCAACCAAGCUUGAUAUCAUGGAUAAAGGAACAGAUUGUCUAGAUGUUCUUGAGGGAAGGUCGUACCGUUUGCAACAUCCCUGGGUUGGAAUUGUGAAUCGUUCACAAGCUGAUAUUAAUAAGAGGGUCGAUAUGAUUGCUGCACGUAGAAAAGAGCGAGAAUAUUUUGAAACAAGCCCUGAAUACGGGCACUUAGCCAGUAGAAUGGGAUCAGAAUAUCUAGCAAAACUCUUGUCUCAGCACUUAGAGACUGUUAUCAGGCAGAAAAUACCCAGUAUCGUUGCUUUGAUCAACAAAAGCAUCGAUGAGAUAAAUGCAGAGCUGGAUAGGAUUGGGAGACCCAUUGCAGUAGAUUCAGGAGCCCAACUUUACACAAUUUUGGAACUCUGCCGGGCAUUUGAUCGUGUCUUUAAGGAGCACUUGGAUGGAGGACGACCUGGUGGAGACCGGAUUUAUGGAGUUUUUGACCAUCAAUUACCAGCAGCCUUAAAGAAACUUCCCUUUGAUCGACAUCUCUCUACCAAAAAUGUUCAGAAGGUUGUUUCAGAAGCUGAUGGUUAUCAGCCGCAUCUUAUUGCUCCUGAACAAGGAUACAGAAGGCUCAUUGAUGGAUCCAUAAGCUAUUUUAAAGGACCAGCUGAAGCCACUGUCGAUGCAGUGCAUUUCGUAUUGAAGGAGCUGGUCAGAAAGUCCAUUUCAGAAACAGAGGAACUGAAGCGAUUCCCGACUCUAGCAAGCGACAUAGCAGCUGCUGCAAAUGAAGCUCUCGAAAGAUUCAGAGACGAAAGCAGGAAAACAGUUCUACGUCUGGUGGAUAUGGAAUCCAGCUACCUCACGGUUGAGUUCUUCAGGAAACUGCAUCUUGAACCCGAGAAAGAGAAACCAAACCCAAGGAAUGCCCCAGCACCAAACGCAGACCCCUACUCCGAUAAUCACUUCAGAAAGAUCGGAUCCAACGUGAGUGCAUACAUAAACAUGGUCUGCGACACAUUGAGAAACUCACUUCCCAAAGCUGUCGUUUACUGCCAAGUUAGAGAAGCUAAGAGAUCGCUUCUCAACUUCUUCUACGCUCAAGUUGGCAGGAAAGAGAAGGAGAAGCUGGGUGCGAUGUUGGACGAAGACCCACAGCUGAUGGAACGAAGAGGAACCUUAGCGAAACGGCUCGAGCUUUACAAACAAGCUAGAGAUGACAUCGAUGCUGUGGCUUGGAAGAAGAGUCGAAAGAUCAUGGAGGAAAGCCAAGAACUUGCCUUGACCCAGUUGAGAAAAUCGGUCGAGAAACUCUCUUCUUCCAUUGAGGGAUAUGAAAAACCGACAUUGAUGAGGUUCCUGGUGGCAAGAUCAAUGGACCCAGACAAGGCAGCAAAGAUGUUUGUAGAUUGGCAAAAGUGGAGAGCCUCCAUGAUUCCUCCAACUGGAUUCAUCCCUGAGUCAGAAGUGAAGGAUGAAUUGGAAUUCAGAAAGGUCUGUCUUCAGGGUCCAACCAAAUCCGGACACCCUUUGGUGAUUGUCAUAACCUCUAAGCAUUUUGCUUCUAAGGAUCCAACUAACUUCAAGAAGUUCGUUGUUUAUGUGCUAGACAAAACAAUCGCAAGUGGAAACAAUGGCAAAGAAGUUGGAGGUGAGAAAUUAGUAGCCGUUAUUGAUCUGGCAAACAUUACAUACAAGAACCUUGAUGCUCGUGGAUUGAUCACUGGCUUUCAAUUCUUACAAUCUUACUACCCGGAACGCCUUGCAAAAUGCUACAUCUUGCAUAUGCCCGGAUUCUUCGUGACCGUUUGGAAAUUCGUCUGCCGUUUUCUAGAGAAAGCAACUCAGGAAAAGAUUGUGAUAGUAACGGACGGAGAAGAACUGAAAAAAUUCGAGGAGGAGAUCGGAGCAGAAGCUUUACCGGAAGAGUACGGUGGCCGAGCUAAGCUCACAGCAAUUCAAGAUGUUCUUCUUCCUCAGUCUGCUCCAGUAACUCUAACAAACAAUAAUGUCUGACUCUUUAACUUUUGGAAGCAUUAACCUGAAAACCCUAAACCCUGCUUUAAUCUAUUUGACUAUUAUUAUUUUAUUUUCCUACUGCUUUAAUAUUUUAUUCUGUAAUGGUCAUAAGUCAUAACAAAUCAACAAAACUUGUGUUACAUCUUUAAAUUUCCAAAAGAAGCUAUGAAAACAUGAGAAACUUGUGCGAAUAUAUUCAAUCUGGUCAC